AUGGGAUCAACAGAAAUCGACACAUUCGAUUCACGUACUAGUGAUUACUCGUCGAAUUUCAUGAUAGGAGGUAAUAUAGGUUUCGAAGGCUUUAAAAUCGGUGGCUCCUAUUCGAAAGAGUAUCAAAAAACAAAAAAAGAACAAGGACAAGAGAAGACGAUUACAUUACGAAACCAAAUUGACUAUCUCAUGGUCGACGUCAUUCUUUUGUCUACCUGUCCUCUACAUCCACAAGUUAAAAAAGAUCUGAUUGAAAUUGCUGAAUAUCAAGCGAAUAAAGAAAAUCUUCUGGCAACCUAUCUUGCUCAGCUUUUCGUGAAAAACUAUGGUACACAUUAUACAAGUCGUCUACAUUUGGGUGGAUCGAUCAUCGAAGAAGAUUUUAUAUCUCAUUCGAAUUACUCUUCCAACACAUCAGAAAAAAGAAUGUACAAAGCAGCAGCGGAAGCAUCGUUUUUGGGGUCCUUUGGUCUUUCAGCAAAUUACGGUUCAGAUUCAAGAUAUAAUCUAACCACCAUUAAUGAAUAUACAACAAAGAUCAAUCGAAAGGUAUUAAGUUCCAAAGGUGGCGACAUCUUCAUCUUAGGUAAUCAUAUGGAAGCAUGGCAAACAUCAGUGAAGAAAAAUCCAGCUAUCAUUAGACGAGCUAUUGAAAAUCUCACAUGCUUUAUUCAAGCAGACAAACUUCCCGAAUUGACUGACGUGGCAUUGAGCAAAGUUCGAAAAGAAAUUAAUGAAGCAAUUAACACUUACGUAGAAAUGAAUACAAUUCGAGGAUGUAUGAAGCGAAAUUCGCCAUCGUUCAAUUGGAUUGCCAAUCUCGAUGACGGUUCCUGUGUUUCAGUUCAACAAACGACACAAUUUGGAGGAUUUAUUCGUACUUGUUCGGAAGAUUCCCGUAUGUCACAGUAA